ACAGUCAUUUUAUCGUUUUACCUGGCGCAACACGUUGUUUACUAUCGGCAGCAAUAUGGAUAAAGAAAAUCAAUCGAAAUUCUAUUUCAUCGGACAUUUUUUAAAUCGAGAAUUUGUUGGGCAGAAAUCGUUAAACGAAGAUAACGAGAAAAUUAUCGCUGGUGAAACUUUGGAGGAAAUUGUCGGCGGAUUAUGGAUAACGGCGGUGCAGUUCAUCAAGCGUGAGGUUAUGGUCGCUGGUGAUAAUUUCGUUUGGGCGGAAUCUGAAAAUCCAACGCAGGAUGAAAUUGAUAAGUUCGUAACGCUUCAAGAUCUGGGCUCGAGAAAAGUAAUGACAAUGAGUCAAGUCAACGUGGACUGCCUGCGAAAGUUGAGAGGAAAAAACGUCAACGUCUUCGUGUACACUUAUGGAAAGAAAAUUUGCAACAAAACCAUUCAUACCAAAUUCUCGUCCCAAUUACUGGUCCCAGAGAAGCGUGAUAGAGCCAACGCUGAUAACACUGUGUCAUUGAUGGAAAUGGUCGGCCAGCUGAAGGCGAUACACAGCGUCCACUAUGCAGCACACCAUUCCAGUUGGGUGAUGUGGGCAAAUUUCAUCCAAUCUGCCCCGUUGAACGAGUCACGAGAACGAUUGCUAAAUGAGUGUCCCCCAGCACAUUUAAUACCACUUUUUCGCUCAGUGGCAUUUUCUGACAACGAAAAAAUGCAAAGUGCCCGGAAUGGGCUUCAAGUCACUGACAACAUGAUCGAUUCAUUCAAGCAUCAACUACAGCUGCUAACGAAGGACUUUGAAACCAUGCGUCAGUCGAUCGCUCGUUGUAUCGAGAUGAUGGGGUGGCGAUUGAAAAGUUUGGAAGAUGUCAUCACGUCGAAUCAGAGAUUGGUUACUGCAAUGGCAAAUUCUCUGCAACCCGAAGAAAAUGAAACGAGUCAGCAACAAGAAAACCUUAUCAUGGACUGUGAGGAUGUAGAUCACGUGAUCUGAACUACAAAAUAACUAGAUUGCACGUUGUAUUGAACGAAACACUAAUGCUUUGUUGCAGCUGGUCUGCCAACAGUUGAUUUAUUGAAUAAACCCACCGAAUUA